AUGAAGAUUCCGAGAACCAAGGCGAUCACUAGAAAGUUGACCAGCACUGACGCGGAGGGACAACGCCUGGGUACCUGGAUCAGACAAGCGGUGUGUGUGUGUGUGAAGAACGCCGGAUUCUUUCGCUACGAUCAAGUGACCGGUUACUCGGACAGCCGCCUCACAAUCAGCACCUUGUCCGGACCGAUUGAAGAAAACCCCGACGUUAUUUGUGACACCGUAUAUCCAGUGGUGGCCUUGGUAAUGGGCUGUCACCAGUUCGAAGAAUCGUCAUGGGACUACGAGGAACUGACGCGCAUUCACGACAUCCUCAUGGAAAGGCUUCUUUCCCCACCGACAUCUGAGGUCCCCCAGACCGCGUCACCGCUGGCUGAACUCAUGCAAGGUCUCCUUCCUGAUGUAUCUCCGUGUUUCGACAGAGUGGCCAAGUGGGUUGACUCGCAUACAGGUGUGUGCACACAAGUCUCAGUGCAACACGUGGUCAACUAUGUGUACUUCGUAGACGGAGGCAAGUCAGCGCCCAGCCACGUGAAGGCCUCGCUCGGGACGUCCUUUUGCGAUUCUGUAGUCGCCAGUCGAAAAACCGAAAACGCUCCGUCGUCUCAAAACGUGGCACAGACCAACACGUCCAAUGCGUCCGGAUUCUUCGAUAUCCUACGAGUAGAUGACGAGGGCGAAGCCGCACACGAGGAGGCGCUGGUCGCUAACACGGUGCUCUCAGGGACACUACCAACAGUCAUCCUGUGCGAAAUGCCCCUCUAA